CUGGCCCGCAUGUUUGCUUGGGCUAUCAAUAGAUUAUCACAUAUACAUCUUGAGAAGGGGGUAGGGACAGGGGGAAACAACGAGUAUGAUUAGUAUCGAACAGGCCCCGCUUUAAAAGUGUUUUGUUCGUCUUUUUUGUCAGAUUUUGUACCCUUGGAUAGCAAGAUGAAUUGGCCAUUCAGUCGGUUAUUGAUCGCCAUUUUAGCGCGAAGUAUCGAUCGACGCAUACCUUUUCACUAUGGGGUAUAAUGGAGGAGGGUCCCAGCCUCUUUUAUAGCGGUUUUGCGGUCGUGAAGGGGUGAUGUGUUAUAUACCCCUUCCUUAGGAACAACCCCAAGCCACUGCGGGUGUAGUAUACGUUUCACCAGCUUGAAGAAAAAGUGAAAGUUUAUCGUUAACAGGCCUGUCGUCUGCGCGAUUUAUCAAGCGAUAUUUAUGCAUGGUACGCUCUCCUAAGAACAUUCUUGGUCACAUAUUGGAAUUUUCGAGCAAAAUGUUUUGAUAGUUGUGAAAAGGAAUCUUCAUUUGAAGAAUUGAUUUGAUAGAGAACGCGGGUUCACGUAAGAGGGUUCGAACAAAGGCGUACAAAAGAUCUUGAUAUUUGGAAUUUUGAAAGUAGUCUUACGCUCUCUGACGGAGAUGUCGCCUUCCGUCACCCAAGAAGGAAAACAUUUAACGAUGUUCCCGCAGCGUCUGAAGUAGAUUCCAAAGGAUCUCUUUGGAAAUUAUUAAAUAAGGACAUUAUCAUCAUGAACAUGGAAUAUGGCUAGCGCGGUUGUAGCGCUACCAAGCCCGCAUCUUAAUCCCACCAUGUCCCCGGCUCCCGUCAACCCACUCGGCAGGGAGACAGCGCCGUCGUCCAAUGGCGACGUCGGUGGCGACGUCGCAUUCGUUGGCGAUGGCGGAGAGAAGAAAGAGGAUAGAGGAGGCCACAGUGGUCGAGAUGGUGGUCGGGAUGGUGGUCGAGAUGGUGGUCAGCCUGAGAGGAGAAGAAGGAAGUCGAGAUCGGACGGCAUGGUGGUUAGGAAGAAAGUCGGGGGCUACAUCUUAGGAGAUGUCAUCGGCGAAGGGUCCUUCGCCAAAGUUCGUCUGGGAACUCACAUCUUAACUCAAGAACAGGUUGCCGUGAAGGUAAUUGAUAAGAAGUUGAUCGCCAAUCGAGACUACGUUCGUAAGAAUCUACGAAGAGAGGCAACCGUUCUUCAGAAGAUGCGCCAUACCAACAUCGCUCGACUCUAUGAGGUUCUUGAGACGGCUAGUAAUUACUACCUGGUCAUGGAGCUCGCAGAGGGCGGCACGUUCAUGUCCUUCCUGUGUAAGAGGAGAAAGUUGAGUGAGCGAGAGACGAGAAGAUAUAUCAGGCAACUCGUCACCGCCGUCGAUCACAUGCACCACCUCGACGUCAUUCACAGGGAUAUCAAGAUCGAGAACUUUCUUCUGGAUAACGACCAAAAUCUGAAAGUAAUAGAUUUUGGACUGAGUAAUAUUCUUGGAUACGACGGGUUUCUUCGGACGCAAUGCGGCUCUCCGGCCUACGCUGCCCCGGAGAUCUUCUGCAACUCAAGCUAUGGCCCAUCUGUUGAUGUAUGGAGCAUAGGGGUGAACAUGUACGCCAUGCUGACUGGGGAGUUACCCUUCGUGGUGGACCCGCCCAACAACAUGAGUAAGCUACACGCAAGGAUCAUGCAGGGCGCCACCAUACCAGAUACUCUUACAAAAGAUUGCCGAGACCUUCUCAGAAGGCUUUUAGAACCGAAGGAACUAGACCGCAUCAAACUCUCUGAUAUUAUGCGGCAUCCAUGGAUGAACAGGGGAUACUCGCGGCGUCUCUACCCUUCCCGCUUCGAAGACUCCACCCCUAAACCUCUGGUGGAUCAACGCAUCAUCAAAGCGCUCGUGCAAUGCGGUCAUCAGGAGGAUAUACUCACAGAAUGCGUGCAAGAAAAUAGACCAACUUCCGAGAACGCUGCCUACUGCCUAUUGGCUAAGCGGAUCGCAAUGGGGUGGGGCUACCCGGAAAGUAACAAUGUCCUUGACAGCGAUCGGAGCGAGAUGGUGAGCGUGUUAACGGGGAUGGGCGUGGACGAUACGAUGGAGGCGGAGCUUGAAGAGAAGCCAUCACCAGUGCUUGCGCUUCGUCGUCCAAUCAGCGGACGCGGGACGAGAAGUAUGGCGGCAAAGGAACAGAACUUCGAUAUGGAAAACAAACUCAAGAGCGAUCGGAUGAAACUCGAGAAUACGAAUUCACCGAUAGAGAAAACUCCGAAGAACUAUGUGUCUCCAACAAAAAGAGAAAUUCAGGAUGACAUGCGAAAGGCUUGGAGCAAGUUGCAAACCAAUUCAAAGAACAGUGACGAAAGUUCAAAAGACCAUAGUAAAAAUAACAGCGUUAGGAGUACGAAUAGUGAAGGAAGCGAUAACAAUUCAACUGGAAGCAAAAUGGACGCAGGGGAAGCGCCAAAAAGUAAAACGAAAUACGUUCAAAAAGUGCCAGACAACAAAACUACCUCUCAUCUCCCUCGGCGAGUCCACAGCUCUUUACCCGCCAAACCGAGGACGUUGCCAAGCCCAAACUCCGCACCCUCCCUGCAGAACAACACUUGCAUUUUCAUAGUCAACGGGAAGGUCACGGCGCCGGAUCAAAUGGUUGGGCGAUCUGCAGGGCGAAAUGCCGCCCAAAUGCCAGGGAAAAGACAUUCGUUCCAUGGAGGUGAAAAAAUGAUUUACACCAAACGGGGCUUGGAGCGUGCUAACACUGUCCCGGCUGUUCACAUCGAGAGUUUGGACACAAAGAAUGGUUCGAAUGACCCGUCGCCGGGUGUCCCGGACAAAGAGACUAGUAUGGACACCCAGAUCAGCGAACUUCAUGCACCUUACCAGCCUCAUAAUGCCUUUCCAAUACAUCGCUUAGGGAACGAAUACACCCUCCCUUCCCAAGCUCAUCGCCACUCCUCCCGCUAUCUACCGGGGAACGUGUCAACUUCCGCCGUCACCUCGGCAACACAUCCUCCUCCUUAUCAAUACGCACAGCAUCUUCAAUACCAUAGCAACAGACACCAAUCGCUACGCCGCUCCCGUCCGCAACACCAGCGGUCCAUGACCGCGCCCCACCCUCAGGCCCGAUCACAGUCUCCGCUGCCCCUUCCUCCAGCCUCUCAUCAGAUCAGCAGGGAGGAGAGGGGGUCCGGCAAACCCACCAAGGCUGUGGCGUGGCAGGACCCUCCUGCGACUGUGGUUCUGUCAAAUAAUGGCCCGCCAAGGAGCAUUAGGAAUCGGCAGAGAGAGCUGCCGAAUAUAAAGGGAUUUGUGGGAUAUAUGUGACGAUUGAAUUAAAGUUUUUAUGUUGGAAAGCUAGUAUAUAAAACUAAUACACGUUGUACACAAGUUGUCAUUUCACUUCCCCUUUUUCGUCUUCAUUAAGCUAAUAAAAUCAAUUGAUGCGUACGCCACUAACUUGACGCAAUGGUAGUACAUGUACAUUUACAUUAAAUUAGUGUUCGCGAUGUCACCCUCAUAAUUACCGCGUCCAAAAUCGCUCAAGAUGCUGACGCAUGCUUAUAAUUUAUGUCAGGUAAAUGACGCCUCCCGUGCGCUGGGCAAUUCCUAUCACACACAAAGCGUGAUUUCGAUGUCAUAUACAGCAUACAAAGUCAUAAUUAUAUAGACCAAUCAAUGCUUUGAAGACGAUUGGCGCCAUGAUUUGCCACGCGUCGAUCGAUCAACGCAGUGUUUUGCAUUGUUCAGAUGGCAUUCCCUUUAUGUAUGAACAUAUUUGGGUUAAUGUUAACUUUUAUGUUUUGUUAGGCGGACCAUCAUUGACGGUCUAAACCAUGAUUAUUUAGCUUUAAACCCUCUUCUUACAUUAAGCACGAUGACAAUCAGUUAUUAUUUUGUGGAGUUAUGUUAUAGUGUGCAAGAGAAGAGCGGAAUCGUUAGUUUUAUAUCAAUGGAGUGGCCUCAUUUCAUGUGGAAAAGAGAGCCCCAAGUCGCAAAAAA